AUGACCUCUAGAUUUCUAUGGCUCCUUAAGAGGCUCUUCAUAAUCUGUGGACUUGGGGUUAUUUUAUUUCUAUUCAGAAGUAUGUCCCUUGAUGUCAAGUUCAUUAGCCUCAAGUCAGAGCUCCCACGGCCUGUUCCAGCUGCCCCCAUGCUGAAGCUUCUACCUGAGGAACAUCUCAGGAACCUCUUUACCUAUGACGGGAUCUGGCUGUUCCCGAAAAAUCAGUGCAAAUGUGAAACCACCAAACAGCACAGAGGCUAUUACUUUCAGGAUGCCUAUGACCGGAGUGACCUCCCAGCAGUGAAAGCAAGGAGACAGGCUGAAUUUGAACAUUUUCAGAGAAGGGAAGGGCUGCCCCGCCCCCCGCCCCUGCUGGCUCAGCCCAACCUCCCCUUUGGGUACCCAGUCUACGGGGUAGAAGUGAUGCCCCUGCACACAGUUCCCAUCCCAGGUCUCCAGUUUGAAGGACCUCACGCCCCCAUCUAUGAGGUCACACUGACAGCUUCUCUGGGGACACUGAACACCCUCGCUGACACCUCAGGCAGUGUGGUGCGGGGCAGAGGCCAGAAGCAGCUGAUCAUUUCAACCAGUGACCGGAAGCUCUUGAAUUUCAUCCUCCAGCACGUGACAUACACCAGCUCAGUGUACCAGCAUCACAGGGUGGACAUGGUGAGUCUGGAGUCUGGCACCUCGGUGGCCAAGUUUCCGGUGACUAUCUGCCAUCCCAUCCUCCCCAAGUUGUAUGACCCUGGACCAGAGAGGCAGCUCCGAGACCUGGUGACCAUUGCCACCAAGACCUUCCUCCGCCCCCACAAACUGAUGAUCAUGCUCCGGAGUAUCCGUGAGUAUUAUCCAGACUUGACAGUGAUUGUGGCUGACGACGGCAAGGAGCCCCUGAACAUUAACGACGACCACGUGGAGUAUUACAAGAUGCCCUUUGGGAAGGGUUGGUUUGCUGGUAGGAACCUGGCCAUAUCUCAGGUCACCACCAAAUAUGUUCUCUGGAUAGAUGAUGACUUUCUCUUCAUCAACAAGACCAAGAUCGAGGUGCUGGUGGAUGUCCUGGAGAAAACUGAAUUGGAUGUGGUAGGCGGCAGCGUGCUUGGAAAUGUGUUCCAGUUUAAGCUCUGGCUGGAAAAGAGUGAGAAUGGAGAUUGUCUUCACCGGAGGUCAGGAUCUUUCCGGCCCCUUGACGGCUUCCCCAGCUGCGUGGUGACCAGUGGCGUUGUGAAUUUCUUCCUGGCUCACACAGAACGACUCCAAAGAGUUGGCUUCGACCCUCGCCUGCAACGAGUGGCUCACUCAGAGUUUUUUAUUGAUGGGCUAGGAAGUCUGCUCGUCGGGUCAUGCCCAGAAGUGAUUAUAGGUCACCAGCCCCGUUCUCAAGUGGUGGACUCAGAGCUCGCUGCUCUAGAGAAGAUGUAUGGCAAAUACCGGGUCAACACUAAUGCCCAGGUCCAGUUCAAGCUGGCUCUCCACUAUUUCAAGAACCAUCUCCAGUGCUCCACCUGA